UAACCGAUUGGCGAUCCAUAUCAUCGGUUGAAAAUCUCGAAAAAUCGGUUGUUUUUUAUCCGAUAGUGAAAUAAAUUUAGUGGUGUCACACCGCACCGUUUUUAUGAAACAUCGUUGACGAUUCGUUGGUCUAAAACGAAAGAGCUAAUCAGAAGUGUUUUAACAGAAAUAUUGCACACCGCGCGGUUUUUAUUAAAACAUCGUUGACGAUUCGUCGGUCUAAAACGAAAGAGCGAAUCAGAAGCGUUAUAACAGAAACCGAUGUACAAAUUCAGCAUGGAGUCUGGUGGCAAGAAAAGAAAACUCAGUCUUUUAGACUUUGGCUUUAAAGCUAAAUCUGGCUCAGAUGAUGGUUCUGCGAACCUAAACACUAGUGAAGCAAUGGCAGUUGAUGUGACACCAUUGCAGAGCAACAUAGAUCAGCCGACAGUUUCAGGGAGUGAUAGCAACAUAGAUCAGCUGACAGUUUCAGGGAGUUAUAUGACAGAUACGGAUAAGCCUACCAGUUCGGAAAAAUCAUCAGAUUCUGGGAGUCAAGAAAAGCACAAGCCUUUUACUGAUGAUGAGUGUCUUACUUUGACACAGUCAUUAUUUGAAAGUUGUACCAACAAAGUUCACAGUCGAUAUUUAUGUCAACAAGCUUUCUGCAGCGAUAUUUCUGACUCUGAAAAGAAAAGACUUUCACCAAAAAAGUUUAAUCAUAGCAAGUUAACUGAUUAUUGGUGGCUGUCAUUUGUUGAGGGGCAGGGAAUGUACUGUAUAUUAUGUAAAAAGCAUAACUUAAAGCAUAAAUUAAACAAAAGAGAUGUUUUUGUUACCACACCUGCUACUAGAUUCUUGGAGGAUGCUCUUAAAGUUCAUGCUGCUUCUCAAAUGCACAAAUCAGCCAUUGAAACAGAAAUGGUUCAGAAAUUGUCAAUUUUUCAUACUGAAGUGUGUCACAAAAAGAAUGUUGAAUCGUCUUUAUAUGAAAAAGUUUUUUCCACUGUUUACUUUCUUAUGAAAAACUUUGUUUCAAAUAGGAAAUUGUUGCCAUUGUUAGAUAUGAUUGAAAAUGUCUUUGAGUAUGAGAAUUUAAGAUUUUUUAACCACAAGUCUGCUGGUUCACAAAGGGAUUUUUUUCUGUUACUUGGUGAUACAGUCAAGGAUAGUGUAAUAGAGAAAGCUCACAAGGCCCAAGCAUAUGGUUUGCUGACAGAUGAAGUAUCAGAUAUUAGCGUGACAGAACAUUUGAUUACAUUUAUUCAGUAUUUUGAUCAGGAGCUAGGCAGUGUGCAAACAUCAUUUCUUUCUUGUCAGAACAUUUUUGAACAUUAUUCUUCAGCAAAUGCCAAGGCCAUCUCUGAUCUUCUUCUUGAGUCAAUAAACACAAGUGGGCUUGAUCUUGGUAAAUUUACAGGAUUUUCCUCUGAUGGCGCAUCGGUAAUGGUUGGGAAAAAAGGAGGGGUUGCUACAUUACUUAGAGAGAAGUGCCCAACUCUUAUAAAUGUUCACUGUAUAUGUCAUAAACUCGCCCUUUCUUGUACAGACAGCAAUGAAGGCAUAAAGUAUGUGAAAGAAGUAGAACUUGUUCUAAGGCAGUUGUGGAACUAUUUUGAAAACUCACCCAAAAGAAUGGCAUGUUAUCUUAAGGUACAGAUGGAACUUAAAGGAUUAAAUUUGAGUAAAGGUGCAUCUAAGAAAGUUGCUUCACGCUUGAAGAAAGCCUGUAGGACCAGGUGGUUAAGUCUUGAUUCUUCUGUUACAGCAGUCUACAAUGACUAUGAAGCUUUAUUACAAACUUUAGAUCUUGCUAAAACUGAAGAUGCUUUGGGACUUUCUAAGAAAAUAAGAAACAUAAAAUUUCUUGACCCUGUCAUGUUAUUAGAUCAGGAAGAAUUGAGGGAAGAGAUCAAAGCAGCUAUUAAGACAUUUAAUUUAGAGGAUGAUUCAGAUUCUAGCAGCAGUGCCAGUUACAGUGAUAGUGACUCUGACUAG